AUGAUAAGAAGAUUAAGAAAUUCUUUUCCUUUUUAUGAAUCCAAAAUUAUGAUUUAAUAUUAGAUUUAUGAAAAAAUCAAAAGUGUAUGGGAUAAAUCAUCAGAUACAAUUGAAUAAGCUUCAAAAGAAAAUAUUAGGAGAAGUAGUUGGUGA